UUCCUCCGCCCCUCCUGCUGGCGUUUGGAGGAAAGUGAAAGUGAAAGGGGGAAGAGGAGGCUUCUGGGCUAAGGAGAUCGCGGCGCCAUGAAGCCCCUGUCCCUGCUCCUCGUUGUGGCCUUGGGCCUGGUGACCGCCGCCUCGGCAGGACCCACGGUGAUCGAGUGCUGGUUCGUGGAGGAUGCGGGCGGGGGCGGACUGGCCAAGAGACCCGCUGCACUGCUGCUGCGCCAGGGACCAGAAGGACCGCCGUCCCGGCCGGACCUCGACCCUAAGCUCUACCUCAGCCUGCACGACCCUGCCGGCGCUCUCCAGGCUGCCCUCAGGCGGUACCCCCGGGGCGCCCCCGCGCCACACUGCGAGAUGAGUCGCUUCUUCCCGCUUCCUGCCUCAGCGAAUUGGGCCAGCGGCCUGACCCCGGAGCAGAGCUGCCCUCGGGCCCUGGACGGGGCUUGGCUGAUGGUCAGUAUGUCCAGCUCGGUCUUCAGCCUCUCCAGCCUCUUGCGACCACAGCCGGAGCCUCAACAGGAGCCUGUUCUCAUCACCAUGGCAACAGUGGUGUUGACUGUCCUCACCCACACCCCUGCCCCUCGAAUCCGACUGGGACAAGAUGCUAUGCUGGACUUGAGUUUCGCCUACAUGCCCACAACCCCUGAGGCCACCUCAUCUCUGGCCCCAGGCCCCCCUCCCUUUGGGCUGGAGUGGCGACGCCAGCAUCUGGGUAAGGGACAUCUGCUCCUGGCUGCAACUCCUGGUCUGAGUAGGCAGAUGCCGGCAGCCCAAGAGGGGGCAGUGGCAUUUGCUGCUUGGGAUGAUGAUGAGCCGUGGGGUCCAUGGACCGGGAAUGGGACCUUCUGGCUGCCUGCAGUGCAGCCCUUUCAAGAGGGCACCUAUCUUGCCACUGUACACCUGCCAUACCUACAAGGACAAGUCACCCUGGAGCUUGCUGUGCACAAGCCCCCCAAAGUGUCCCUGAUGCCAGCACCCCUUGUAUGGGCUGUCCCAGGGGAGGAACCCCCGGAAUUACUCUGCCUUGUUUCCCACUUCUACCCUUCUGAGGGCCUGGAGGUGCAGUGGGAGCUCCGGGGUGGCCUACAGGGUGGCUCUCAGAACGCCGGGGGGCAGAGGUGGCUUUCCACCCUGCGCCACCAUUCAGAUGGCUCUGUCAGUCUCUCCGGGCACCUGCGGCUGCCCCCGGUCACCGCCGAGCAGCAUGGGGCACGCUAUGUGUGUCAUGUCUACCACCCCAGCCUGCCAGCCUCUGGUCGCAGCGCCGAGGUCACCCUGGAGGUGGCAGGCUUCUCCGGGCCCUCCCUGGAGGACGGCAUAGGCCUUUUCCUGUCCGCCUUUCUCCUCCUCGGAUUCAUCAAGGUGCUGGGCUGGGUCGUUGCCUACCUGUCCAUUCGCAAGGAUUCAAAGGAGAAGAAAGCCCAGUGAGGGCACUCAGCAUCACUGUGGAAGCCACUAUCAUCUCUGGCCCAAGCUACUGUGGUACCUCCUCCCCCAAACCGUACCCCACCAUGUGCUACUAUUCCCUCCAAUUUCCCUCUACUGAG